AUGAAACCAUCAAUAUUCGCAGACGCAGUUAUCACAGCAUCAAAGACCAACGACGGGCACUCUCUCGCGCAGCUCUUCGCGAUCGGCGGGCCGGUAGCUGCGUCUGUGCUCCUCGAGCUCGGGGAUGCACGUGCGCCACGCAUCGUGUCUGCGCUACGAAAAUGCUCAGGAUACCUAGCUGCACCGUGGGAAGACAUGUGCGUGCACCACCUCACAUCGCUGUACGCGUUCUCGCUUGCCUCGUCGCUGCAUGAGGACGGGAUGGACGCCGAGGGCAAGACGCGCGCCGAGCGGCUAGGCGAAGCGUUUGAUGCGUACAAUGCGGGCGUGACGGCAUUCUUGCGCUACUUUGCGACGCUGACACCGGGGCGGUGGGCGCUACCGCUGCUGCGUAUCCUGUGCCUCAACCUGCGCUGGCUGGCGGUGCAGGCGGACUCCGCUUCGAGGAGUGCCGUUCCUAGCGCAGGCGCGGCGGCGGGGCCACGCACGUCGUCGCACGCGAAUAGGCGGCUCGAAGAGUGCGCACGCCAGCUCAACAAGGCCUUCACCGCGUGCGUUGCCGACCGCAAUCCGGACCUCGCCGAAUCGCGCAAAUGGGGCACCUACGAGGUGGUGGGCAUGGUCUUCAAGACGUACUUCCGGCUCAAGAGUGUUUCGCUCUGUCGCAACAUCCUCCGCGCCAUCUCGGCUGCUGCCUUACCGGACCUCGCACACUUUCCCAAGAGCCAGCAGGUGACGUUUAGGUAUUACGUCGGCGUGCUGGCGUUUUUGAACGAAGAGUACGACAGGGCGGAGGGCGAGCUGGAGGCGGCAUUGCGGGCGUGUCAUCGCGGGGCGGAGUUGAACCAGGCGUUGAUUCUGACAUACCUGCUGCCGGUGAAGCUGCUCAAAGGCUUGCUGCCACACCCCUCGCUCCUGCACUCCGGCGUCGGCCAGAGACUCCAGGUCUACACGCCCUUCAUCCACGCCGUGCGCACGGGCAACGUGCACAUGUUCGACACCGCCCUGGCCACGCACGAAGCCACACUCGUCAAGCGCGGCACCUUGAUCGCCAUCGAACGCACCCGCGAUGUCGCGCUCCGCACCCUCCUCAAGCGCAUUUCCCUCUCCCUCCCCCGCACGCCUCCUCAGAACCUCCCUCCCACGCGCAUAGCGCUCCAAACCCUCCACGCCGCCACAAGCUCCCCGCUCAUCGCCCUCGCCUACACAGACAAGGAGCUCGAGUGGCUCCUUGCCACGCUCAUCUACAAGGGCUAUGUCAAGGGCUACAUCGCGCACGACAGAGGCGUGCUCGUGCUGAGCGCAAAACUCGCCUUCCCGCGCUUGGCCGACGUGCCCAUCGCGACGACAUAG